AUGCAGCAGCAACUGCGGGCCAGCUGCAGCUCGUCGAGCAGCAGUGCAGGCAGCGGGCGGACAAGGAGCAGGGCUAGCUGUGUAAGGGCCAGCGCCAGCAGCGCGAAGGAGGUCACGCUACUCGAUUAUGGAGCGGGAAACAUCCGCAGCGUCCGCAACGCCAUCAAGAAGCUUGGGUACACCAUCAAAGAU